GCUUGUCCGGCCUAUCAGAGCGGGCGUCUCCGCUGUCUGACCCGAGAGGGAGGGCUCUAUGAAGAGGGCACAGCGAGCUGUGAAUAUUGUUCGGUGUGAAGUUGAGUAAAUUACUUUAAUGGCUGCAGAUCUCAAGGGAAGUGAUUCCCUUUCACAUCACGCCUUCUGCUUUAUUUUCGGUGCGUUAAACACUGCUUAAACGGCUCCUGGACUAUCAUCAAAACGUUAUGUACAACUAUCACAUGAUGCUGCAUUGUAUGCCAAGUUGUAACUUCAGGCUAUAGGGAUGGCGUCUUCCGGAUAGUGUGAAAUCGGGGAGGCUCAAAUUGAAGGUAUUUCUUCAUAAGUGUUUGAUGCAUACUAGACGUGGAAAUCAGUAAGUUGUGGAGGAGGUCAACCGCACACAUGUUGCAACUAAGCGCAACUUUCGAUUUGCAGCAGGAUGUGCUGUCAAGUAUAUUUAAGAAAGAGGCGACUGUCGGAAAAAUCAAAGAAUACUCAGGGAUCGUUGACACUCGGAUCCUCAACAUUGAAAGGGAUGGAGGAGUCCUCUACUCCUGGAAAGGGGAAACAGGGACCACCAGGAUCGGGAAAUACGACCCCAAUACCAGACAGAAUAAGCUCCUCUACACCUUUGACAAGCAGGUGUGUGUCAGCAGCUGUUCUCUGAAUAAGGAGGAGACUCUGCUGGCGGUCAGUUUGGCACAGAGGACAAGAACAGAGGAGCGCCUCAGACCAGUUUCAAAAUGUCUGACCCUCCUCAUUGAGAUCCAUCCCAUUAACAACACUAAGGUCCUGAAGGCUGUCGACUGCCGGGUCAGAGUUCAGUUCCUCCAUCCAGACACAGAGAGGGACUCGGUGCUGGAGAGUCACCUGCUGCUGGUAGCAGAAGAUGGCUAUGUGGAGCAGCUCCAUGUGAUGCUGGUCAGACAAGAGGGUUACAGAGUGGUGAUGUUGAGUCCAGAGUGCCUGGCCAAAGACAGGGUGGCAGAGGAUUUCAGCUGGGUCCAGUGGGACAGCCAGACACAGAGACUCUUCUACCUCACACACAGGGAAAAAGCUGUGCUGAAAUGUGUGCAAUUCGGCCAUGACCACAACUGUGAGACCUUGUUUGAGCUUGUCCUGGAGUUGACCUCUAACCCUUUCACCUGUAUGAGGUUUGUUAACCUGGGCUUUGACCAUCACCAAGAGACGCAGCAUGAACGGGAGGAGAUGAGGAUGGUGGUGAUCACCAAUAACACAGAGGGGAGUAUGUGUGUGUGUUACAGCCAGCCUGCUUGUGUCAACCAGGAGAUCACAUACACCGUAGUCCUGGUGCACAGAGGCUGCAGUAAAACGUUCUCAGUGGCUCUGGAUGGCACCCCUAGUUCAUGUAGUACAGAUCUCCUCCCUCUCUUCAUCCCUAUAGGUUACUACGUGGUAGUCUACCUGUCUGGUCACUUCCUGCACUGCAUCAACACCAGGCAACAGGAGCUGCUCUGCCACAGCCUCUUCCUCUCAGGUGUUGAUGCAGAGCUGGGUGUGUUGGGAUCAGACAGUGUGGUAUUGUCUCUACCCGAGUCCUCUCUGCUGGACCUGAACACAGGCAGGAUGUACACUGUAGACCUCAACCCCUCCUUCCUAAUGGACCUCCUGCACUGCAGCCACAGGAGACCUGAUGCUCAACGCCUGGCUGCCCUGCACUGUCUGCUGCUCUACAUGGGACCCAACGCUGCACUAGAACUGAAGAUCAUAGAUUGGAUCUGUGACAAUGUCAUGCCGUUCGACACCUUCGAUCAAAUUCAGGAAUUUAUUCUGGCGUCACUGUACAGGAUCAUCUAUAAGAAGUGUCUCAGUCUGGAUGAAGUCCUACCCUACUCCUCUGUGUUUGAGAAGAAGAAGGUACCUGAGGCUCUAGACCAGGUCCCCGGUGUCACCUGCACCACAGAGCUCCAUGCUGAACCAGUGUUCAAAGGAAAGGCCAGGAGUCUCCAGGGUUAUUGGGAAGAGCUGCAGUGGAGCACAGAAAAGAUGAAGUACUUUGAGGCGGUUCCAAACCCACGAUACAGAGCAUCUCAGAACCUGCCAGACUGGACCAAGCUGCUCACUACCCUGAAGUCAAAGAACAAGAAGGCUUCUAACUAUCUACGUCACAUUGAGGAGAACACUAAACAAGUUCUGUCGAUGGUGGACAGCUGGAAUCUUGACCAGAAAGUGGUUCCGUUGUUCCAGGAGGAGGACAGCCAGCAGAGGGCGCUCAUAGGCCUGAUGGUGGACAAGCUGAGAGAGCACCUCAACAGACACCUGCCUCGCCUGGGGAAGAAGAAGAUCGACGUGCUGGUGGUGAACUACGUGGCCAAGCUGAAAGCAGCGGGGGAGUUCAGCAGAGUGGGCCGUGUUUCACGUGAUGUGUCGGAUACUGGAGGCUACAAAGACUCUGUGUCUCCCCCUCCCUCCUGGGUAUCACACUCUACUGUCCGUGUUGGGGGUUCGCUGUCUCCCCAGACACACCUUCCUGCAGUACGUUGACCAUGGUGUGCUGCAGCUCACCGAGACCUUCGUCUCACGACUCAUGACAGAUCUAGACAACAGUGAUGCCAACGAGGAGCUGAAGUUCAGCAUUCUGAAGAGACUACCAGAGUCCAUGGAGCAGAGGAUCUGUCACCUGUGGGAUCACCCCAUCAGUUCAGCCUGUAUCUCCAGAGACUAUGUCAGAGGCCUG